UGUCCCAUCUCAGCCUUGAACUCAGCACCACAGCUCCUCUGGUUUGAGACCGGGAGGGUGCCUGUCUCUUUCUUUCUCAACCAUUUCCCCUCUUCAUUCACGACCUCUCUCUGUCUCUCUCUCUGCAUCUCUUAUCAGUGGCCUUAUUACUGCUUUGCUCAGCUACCUUCCUUCGGGGGGUGCUGGAAAAGCCAGCGAAGGGAAUUUACCAGGAGGAUAAUGCCCAGUAGUCUAGUUCUCAGUCGUUUUACAUAACUGAUAUCAUUUUCCCUCAAAAACGAAUCCAGUGGAGUACAGCUACUUCAGCUCAGGGUGCCCUCUUAGUUUCUUCUGAAGAUGAGGAGUCAUCAUUUGCUACCGCUACGUGCUCUUCUGGUCGUCCUGCUUGCAGGACUUCUUCCUAAACUCGAUGCCCAGGAAGAUGAAGCACAAGACACAGCUGACCUAGUACUGUUAAUUGAUGGAUCACAGAACAUUGGAGCAGCAAACUUCCCCUAUGUGCGUGAAUUGGUUUUGAGAAUCAUUGAGCGCCUUGAUGUGGGCAGGGACACUGUUCGGGUGGCCUUGGUCCUGUACAACAGCAGCCCAGAGAUAAAGUUCUAUCUAAAUAGCUUUUACAGCAAAUCAUCACUCCUGGAUGCUGUGAAAGCCCUCACCUACACAGGGGGCGAUGAAUCUAACCUGGGGGCUGCCUUGGAGGAAGUGGCCGAGAGCCUUUUAAGUGAAACAUCUGGGGGCAGGGCUGACGAGGGUGUGCCCCAGAUGUUGGUGGUUAUCACUGCUGGGCCAUCCACUGAUGAUACUGGUGCUGGUGACCGAGCUCUUAAGAGGGCCAGUGUUAUCACAUUCGGCGUGGCGAUUGGUGACACUGCCACUGCAGAUCUGGAAACAAUUGCUACAGAUAUAAGUUUUGUCCAGUCAGCCUCUGAUGUCAGAGAAGUUGCAAACAUUGGUGACCAACUGCUUCCACUCAUUAACGGGGUGAUCCAGCGCACUAUUAUAGUUCAGAAUGAGUUCACAGAAGUUAUUCAGUCAAAAACAGUUGGAAAUCGAGACAUCAUUUUCCUUAUUGAUGGUACAAUGGGACCAGCAAACAUUAACAAUGUGCGGAAUUUCAUCAGAGAGUUUGUGGAAAGCAUGCCAAUUGGUCCAGAUCAAGUUCAAGUGGGUAUUGCACAGUUUUCUGCUUCCCCGAGAGUUGAGAUGGAUCUCAACACCCAUGGGACCAAGGAGAAAAUCAUUUCUGCUUUGAGUACUAUCAAACCAAGAUCAGCACAGGUAGUCAACAUCGGAGCAGCCUUGAACUUUGUCCGGGAAAGAAUGUUGCAGCCAGAGAAGGGCAGCCGUAUUCAGCAGGGUGUACCCCAGCUUGUAAUGUUGUUAAGCAGCAAAAGAUCCAGUGACAGCGUGGAAGAACCUGCAAGUGCCCUGAGGGAACUAGGUGUGUUGACCUUGGCUGCAGGCGCAAAGGCAGCUGAUGAGCAGCAGCUGAAGCAGAUUGCCAUUAGUGACGAUGCUGUGUUCUACGACAAGGAUAUACGACCACUGAUUAGAACCAAGAAAGAGAAAAUGAUAAGUGCUCUUUCUACUUUAGCUGGAGGAGUACCCACCACAACAGUGACGGAGGAAACCAUAGUGGAGACCACAAAAAUGGUCAGAGACAUUGUCUUUCUUGUGGAUGGCUCAAACUAUGUUGGAAGCAGUAAUUUGCCCUACGUGAGAGACUUUAUGAUCAAUACGAUCAACCAACUUGAUGUAGGUCCUGACAGGGUCCAGGUUGGUCUCCUGCAGUUUGCUGACCGUCCAAAAAUAGAAUUUUACCUGAACAACUACAGGACCAGGGAAGAGGUUGUAGAAAAAAUCUCUCAACUCAGGCUGACCGGAGGCUCAGCUGUGAAUACAGGAGCUGCCAUGAAUUAUGCCCUGGACAACAUGUUUCACUCAUCAAGGGGGUCACGCAGAAGGCAGGGAGUCCAGCAGGUGUUGGUUCUGAUCACAGGUGGUUCACCCCAAGAUCAGGUUAAAUCUGUGGCUGACAGGUUGGCUCUGGCUGGUGUUUUGACUUUCACCGUCAGUUCUGGACAAGCAGAUGAGGCCCUACUCCAGAGUGUUGCCUUUGUUCCAACUUUGGCUUUCCAUGCAAGAAGCUUCUCUGGUUUACCAGGCCUUGCUGAACAAAUCAUGCCAGAGUUGGUAACAGUGGUUGGCGAUACCGACGUGGCAGUAUUCCAAGAGGAAACUGUUGUUGGAGCUGAAAGAGAUGUUGCUUUCCUCAUUGAUGGCACAGAUCGAGUUCAAGCAGAUUUUGCCUACAUAAAGGAUUUUAUCAUUAAAGUAAUCGAACCACUUGACAUUGGAGAUGACAAGGUACGAGUUUCAGUGGUUCAACACAGUGAAAGGCCAACUCUAAGUUUUUACCUUAACACUUAUAAAACCAAAGAUGAAGUGAUAAGAGCUGUCCAAGGACUCAGAGUGACUGGUGGACGUAGUUUAAACACAGGAUCUGCUCUGAGAUUCAUGAAAGACACCAUCCUGUCUGGCACUUAUGGUGGUCGUGCUGCACAAAAUGUCCCUCAGUUUCUGAUUGUUUUGACUGGAGGCCGAUCUACGGAUAAUGUAAGGGAACCCGCUGGAGCACUGAAGACAGAUGGAGUUGUACCGUUUGGUGUUGGUGUCAAGGACGCAGACCCAAAGCAGAUUGAGGCCAUCUCGCACAACCCUUCUUUUGCCUUCAACGUUAAGGAAUUCAGUGAGCUCAGCACCAUACCGCAAAGACUGAAUAAUUAUGUGAGCCUACCAAGGGAAGAGUUAGAGGUCGUCCUACAGCAAGUUGACACACGGAGGGACAUAGUGUUUCUCCUUGAUGGGUCAGAUGACUCCAGAAAUGGUCUCCCAGCUAUUCGAGAGUUCGUCAGAAGAAUGGUUGAAGAGUUGGACGUUGGCGAAGAUAAGGUUCGAGUGGGCGUUAUACUGUAUAGUGAUGAUGCCUCAAUUUACUUCAACCUAAUAACUCACAGAUCCAAAAAAGCUAUUAUCUAUGCUGUAAGAAGUCUUCGACAUAAAGGAGGGAAAUCUCGCAAUACUGGAGCUGCUUUACAGUUUGUGCAAGACCAUGUUUUCACAACUUCAUCUGGGAGUAGACACCUGGAGGGAGUUCCUCAGAUUCUUUUUUUGCUCACUGGGGGAAAAUCCAAAGAUGAUGUUUCCAGAGCUGCAUUUGGACUAAAGCAAAUUGGUGUUAUGUCUUUUGCAAUUGGAAUGAAAAAUGCUGGACAAGAGGAACUUCAAAAAAUUGCCUUCUCCUCCAGAUAUGUUUUCAACUUGCCUUUCUUUGCUGAAAUUUUGUCCAUUCAGCCAGAUUUAGUAGCAUUUGUCCAGACAGAAAUAUCAGCUAAGCCUGCUACUGUUGUAGAAUCUCCUCAAAGAGACAUAGUAUUCCUUUUGGAUGGAUCGGAUAAUACACAAAGUGACUUCCCAGCAAUAAGGAGUUUUGUGGAACAAAUGGUAGAAACACUCACAGUUGAUGAGAACAGAGAUCGUAUUUCUGUGGUUCAGUAUAGCGGAGAUCCACAGACACAUUUCAAUUUGAACACCUACAUGGCAAAACAAGAUGUUCUCGGUGCAAUCCAACGUUUGAACCAUAAAGGAGGCAUAUCCCUCAACACUGGGGUAGCUCUUGACUAUGUAAGAAAAAAUGCUUUUGCCGAGUCCUCAGGUAGUCGGCAUCAACAAGGUGUCCCUCAGAUAUUGAUUCUGCUGAGCGAUGGAAGAUCUCAAGAUGAUGUUGCAAGUGCUGCUGCUGCUCUAAAACAGGAAAAAAUUGUUCCAGUCUGUGUGGGUACCAGUAAUGCAAACAUACUUGAGCUCCAAAUGAUUGCACAUGACCCUUCCUAUGCCUUCUCCAUAACUCAAUUUGAUGAUAUUGAGAGAAUGAAUGAUCAACUUGUGUCACUUCUAAAAAGGGUUCCUCGGCAGCAGCCAAGACAAAAAUCACAAAGCCCUUUAGCUCCUGCAGGUCAAAAUGAACCCAUUCAACGUGAUAUUGUGUUUUUACUGGAUUCCUCUGAUAAAAUGCAGAAAACCUUCAAUGUUGUUCUUGGCUUUGUUGGAAGAAUCAUGGAGACACUCAGUGUGGACAAAAACAAAGAUCGUGUUUCAGUAGUGCAGUACAGCAGAGAACCUUCUGUUGAUUUUCUCCUAAAUACAUACAACACAAAGCAAGAUGUUGCUGACAGUUUGCGAAGGUUGAGGCAUAAAGGAGGUGAACCCCUCAAUACUGGUGCAGCCCUGCAGUAUGUCAAGGAUAAUGUUUUAACAGCUUCCUCUGGAAGUAGGCACCAGCAAGGUGUCCCCCAGAUUUUGAUUCUUUUAAUUGGUGGACGUUCCAGUGAUGAUGUCAGAAAUGCUGCUGAAAACUUGAAUGAAAUGGGUGUAACAACUUUUGUGGUUGGAAUAGAUCAUGCAGACACCCUUGAGAUUCAGUCUAUUGCACAAAAAUCAGACCGUGCUUUCCAUGCAGCAGAUAUCAAUAAUCUAUCAGAUAUUGAACAACUAAUCAUUUCUACCAUGAAGGAGAUUAAAAACCCUGCCAUCAAACCACCAUCGCACGAUCCCAACGGAAGAGACAUUGUUUUUUUGCUUGAUGGUUCUGAUGAUUCUCAGCAAAAAUUCCCAGAUAUUAUUGACUUUGUAAAGAGGAUAACAAAGCAUCUAAACGUUGAUAUAAACAAAGAUCGCAUGGCUGUGGUCCAGUACAGUGACACUGCAGAGAUUAAUUUUAACUUGAGUCGUUAUUCAACAAAGAAUGAUAUUCUUAAAGCAGUAAAUGGUCUGAGACACAAAGGGGGUUAUCCUCACAACAUUGGAGCUGCUCUCCAGUACUUGAAGGAACAUGUAUAUACCCCUAUGUCUGGUAGUAGACGUCAGGAGGGAAUUCCACAGAUACUCAUACUACUGAUUGGUGGACGAUCUGCAGAUGACAUAAGAACCCCAGCCAGAAUGAUGAAGCAAAUUGGUGCCAUUUCAGUUGUAAUUGGGACAUCUGAUGCUGACACUCUAGAGCUACAGACAAUAGCUCAUGAACCCAAGUACGCACUCCCAGUUGCUGAAUAUGGGCAACUUCCUAGUGUUCAGGAAGAUGUGUUGGCAUUGAUAAGAGAGGCUUUGCACAGUGUAGAACAAAUUGCUCCCACAGCAGGUCUCGAUUCUAAGAAAAAUGAUGUAGUGUUUCUCAUUGAUGGAUCAUAUGACUCACUGAAUGGUUUUGAAGAAAUACGAAGCUUUAUUGAAAAAACUGUGGAAAGUUUAAAUUUGGGCAAUGAUAGAGACCAAGUGGCUGUUGUUCAGUACAGUCGUGAUGCCACUGUUAAUUUUUACUUGAAUUCUUAUUCUUCCAAGAAUGAUGUGCUCAAUUCCAUAAGAACAAUGAGACAUAAAUUUGGAAGACCACUGAACAUUGGAAAAGCACUGGAGUUUGUCAGAGACAACGUCUUUUCUGCUUCAGUUGGAGGCAGACGUGCAGACUUGGUCCCUCAAUAUCUGUAUGUUUUUAGUGGUGGAAGAUCUGGAGAUGAUGUCAGAGGACCAGCACAAUCACUCAAAGACAAUGGCAUCAAAACCUUUAGUAUUGGAACGGAGAAUGCUGAUACUUUGGAAAUGCAGACUAUCUCCUAUACACCAGCACAUUAUUUUUAUGUCACAAACUAUAAUAAUCUACAAAGCUUAGAUCCAUCAGUGGAAGCCAUGUUGAGGGGCACUAAAGAAACAACUGAAUUUUCAACUAUUGAUACAUCUGUGACAGCAGAAGCAGGAUUCCAGAGUGCUGAUAUUGUUUUUCUUCUUGAUGGAUCUGAUGAUAUGCAACCAAGUGAACAACAAGCUUUGGAAUUUGUCAGAGAGUUUGUCAAGCAAAUAGAAAUUGGGCCAAGAAAAGCACAAGUUGCUUUAAUCCAGUACAGCACAGAGCCCACAACUGAGUUUCUUCUAAACAAAUACUUAAUGAAAGAUGAUAUUAUUAAUCAUUUGGACAACAUGAAACUGAAAGGAGGGUCCACUGUGAACAUUGGUGUAGCCCUUGAUUAUGUGAAAAAUAAUGUCUUCACUGCUUCAUCUGGAAGCAGAGCACUGCAUGCAGUCCCACAGAUACUGAUACUCUUCAGUGGAAGAAAUUCAAAUGAUGAAAUCUUAGGUCCAUUAGAAAGGCUCCGAAAUGUGGGAAUUGUUCUUUUUGGCAUUGGUGUGAAUAAUGCUGAUAGGUUUGAGAUGGAACAAUUAGCUCCUACAGCAAUGUAUUUUAUAAAGAAUACUUCUGACUUUCCUCAUGUGAGAGAGCAGUUGCUGUCUGUCAUAUCCUCUCUCAAAAGUACUAUCACACCUCAUGUGGGUUCAAGCUCCAGCAUAAAACGAGAUAUUGUAUUUCUCAUUGAUGGAUCUGAUGAUGUCAGGAUGAGUUUCAGUGCCAUACGUGAAUUUGUUGCCAGAAUGGUUGCGAGCUUUGACCUGGACCAAAGAAAAGAUAAAGUUGCAGUUGUGCAGUAUAGCAACAAUGCUGAACUUAACUUUAAUCUGGAUACUUACGAAACAAAAGCUGAUGUCCUAAAGCACAUUACAAGUCUUAAACCCAAAGGUGGAAGGCCACAGUAUAUUGGGGCAGGACUGCAAUUUGUGAAGGAUAAUGUCUUUGUUCCAAAUGCUGGAAAUCGACAACAUGAAGGAGUCAAACAAAUACUUAUUGUAUUGGCUGGUGGAAGAUCAAGAGAUUCUCCAAGAGGACCAGCAAGUAUGCUUAAAACAGCAGGUGUCACUACAUUUGCAAUUGGAUCAAGAAUGUCCAAUUCAGCUGAGAUGGAAAUGAUUUCAUCAAACCCAAAUUUCAAAUACUCAGUCCCCGACUUUGUAAAUCUGCCACGAAUUCAGGAAAGUUUGAACAGUCACUUUACUAAAAUGGCAGUUGAAGGGGAAACAAUGGGAGUGGUCAGACAGCCAGCAGGAAGGGAUGUGGUGUUUUUGCUGGAUGGAUCUGAUGCUACUAGAAGUGGAUUCCCAGCUAUGAGAGACUUUGUCCAAAAACAAGUAGACACACUCAGUGUGGAUGAUGGCAAAGACCGUGUGUCGGUUGUUCAGUACAGCAGCGAUCCAGCCGUCCAGUUCUAUCUGAACACGUACACCACAAAAAGAGAGGUCCUUGACAGUGUCAGAGGUUUGAGGCACAAAGGCGGACGACCCCUCAACACUGGAGCAGCUCUCCGGUACUUGAGGAUAACUGUCUUCACGGCCUCUGCCGGAAGCAGGCGGCCAUCAGGAGUUCCGCAGGUCCUAAUAUUGAUCACUGGUGGAAGAUCAUUUGACAGUAUUGAUGAACCAGCCUCUGCUCUCAAACAGCUGGGUGUCUUGACCAUUGCAAUUGGAACCCGAGGCUCUGACCCCAGAGAACUUCAGACCAUAACUGGCGAGCCCAGUUAUGCCUAUCUGUGUCUGAACUUCACUGACCUACCCAAAGUGCAACAGCAACUUCAGUCCUCUCUGGAAGCUGCAGUUAUUGAAUUCACCCCAGAAUUACCAACCGUAAUUGCUGCAUCACAGGGCCCCAAGAAGGAUGUCGUGUUCCUCGUUGAUGGAUCUGAUGGCGUUGGAAGGGAAUUUCCAAUCAUCCAGGAGUUUAUCCGCAGGGUCGUCGAGAGUCUCAAUGUGGGCGAAAAUAAAAUCCGUGUUGGUGUGGUCCAGUAUGGUGACACUGCUCGGGCUAAUAUGUAUUUAAACACACAUACAACCAAAGAAGGUGUUUUGAAUGGCAUCAAGGGAAUGAGGAAGCAAGGUGGAACACAACGUAACCUGGGUCAGGCCUUACAGUUUCUUAAUCAGGAUAUUCUGACAGCAGCACGGGGUAGCAGAAAGCAGGAUGGUGUUCCACAAUUUGUUAUUGUUGUGUCUAGUGGGCCUUCUACAGAUGAUGUCCGUCGUGCAGCUUCUUCUCUUAAACAAUCUAGAGUUCUUCCAUUCAGCAUUGGGACCAGGGAUGUGAACCCCACAGAGCUGAGGGUGGUGUCGUAUAUCUCCAAUUACGCCCACGUAAUAGAUGACCUUCCUGGCCUGUACACAGUUCAAGAAGAAUUAAUCAACAAACUCACUGAGCUGUCAGAUGAUGACAUCAGCAGGUUGCGUCCAGAGUUCCCAACUUAUGAAGCACCAGUACCAUCUGUACCCACAGGAGGAGAAAAAAGGGAUGUUGUAUUUCUCAUUGAUGGCACAACAGCAGUGCGUAGUGAAUUCCCUUCCAUCCGUGAUAUGAUAGGAAGAGUUGUGGAGAAGCUGGAUGUAGGACUGGAUAAGGUCCGAGUUUCAGUGGUUCAGUACAGCGAUGAUCCAAAGAUAGAAUUUCUAUUGAAUGCACACUCAACAAAAAAUGAAGUGCUCCAGGCCGUGUCGAGACUUCGAAACAAAGGUGGAAAUAAUCUAAACACAGGACGUGCUCUCGAGUUUGUCGCCAGAAGAGUCUACCAGAGAUCAGGCGGAAGCCGUCUUGAGGAACGUGUGCCUCAAUUCCUCAUUCUAGUUACGGCUGGCAAAUCUACUGAUGAUGUAUCCAGCUCAGCCAAUGAACUCAAGAAAAGCCUGAUAGCACCUCUGGCCAUUGGUACAAGAAAUGCAGACCAAGAUGAACUGAGACAGAUUUCCAUGAAGCCAGAGCUUGUGUAUACAGUUGACAGCUUGAGAGAUUUUUCAAAGGUGGAAAAACAGCUUAUUGAUUCAGUCAAGAAAAUAUCCACCGAUGAUAUCACUGAAAUUUAUACUCGUGUCCCAGAAGUCAUUCUAGAUCUCGGGAAAAAGGACAUUAUUUUCCUAAUUGAUGGCUCAGAUAAUACAGAUUCUGAAGGGAUUGCUCACAUCCGUGACUUCAUCCUCAAAAUUGUUGAACAACUUGAUGUGCAGCCCGAUAAAAUUCGUGUCGCUCUUGUCCAGUAUGCAGACAAAGUUAAAACUGAAUUUUCGCUCAAUUCACACAACAACAAGGCAGCUGUUCUCUCUGCUAUCAGAAGACUCCGUCAGAUGGGUGGACGAUCGUCAGACCUGGCUGAUGCUAUUGAUCACGUUCUGCGCUUUGAGUUAAACUCUUUUGCUGGUGCUCGACCAACUGAGGCCUCCCAGCAUCUUGUGGUUCUCACAGGUGGACGUUCACCCCAAGAUGUUUCCCUCUAUGGACCUUUGCUCAAGACCUCCCGAGUUAACUGUAUUGGUAUUGGUGCUGAUCGUGCUGACACAAGGCAACUGAUGAGUAUUUCCAAGAGCUCCGCUGAUGUCAUUCAGGUUUCUAAGUUCUCAAACCUGCCAACAAUAAAGGACAAGUUUAUUAACAGGUUGAAUGUUGUUGAGGAUACAUCAGGAUAUGACACUCCAACACCAGGCCUGCCUCCAUCUAAAAAGGCUGAUAUAGUGUUUUUGGUGGAUGGCUCCAUUAAUGUGGGCCGUGAGGACUUCAAAGAAAUCAUGAUUUUUAUCAACAACUUAAUUGAUCUGUUCUUCACUGAGAGAGAUAACCUACAGAUUGGCUUGGCACAUUAUGCUGAAGAUGUCAAUGAUGGCUUUUACCUCAACACAUACAGUAACAGGGAUGAGAUGCUAAAUGCUCUUGGUCAAAUAGAGUACAAAGGUGGACGCAGACUGAACACCGGUGCAGCCCUUCGCACUAUUCAAGAUGUUUACUUUUCUAAACAAAGGGGCAGUAGGGCUGAUGAGGGCACUCCUCAAAUUCUUAUAACUGUCACUGGAGGAAACUCAGCUGAUGACAGUAAAUCAGCAGUGCUUGGCUUGAAGAAUAAAGGUGUAAGAGUCUUUGCAGUGGGAGUGGGCAACAUUCAGAAUGAGUUGGAAAACCUGGCAAGUGAACCUUCCAUGGUGGCUCGAGCAAGUACCGUUCAGGAACUCUCAGAGCUCAAUGAACAAAUCCUGGAAACUCUGGAUGAUGAAGUAAAAGGGAAGCUGUGUGUCGGUGCGAAAGAACUUGCUAAAACCUCCAAUAUAGAAGUGUUGGUCGGAUUUGAUGUGUCUGCCCAGAAUAUUUUCAGUUCUCAGACCAACCUCCAGAGCAAGAUGGAGGCUAUUUUGCAGAGGAUUUCCAAAAUGGCAUCCAUUAGCUGCUCCGAUGGGCAGAUUCCAUCUGUACAAGUGGGCAUGCUGGCCAUGGAUUCUGCUUCUGAGCCGGUCCAGCUGGACUUCACAACAAAUCCAGAUGAGUUAUUUGAGGCUUUCAGAGCCUUGCGGAGUCGUGGCCCCUUUGUUCUCAAUGGCAAGACCAUAUCAGCUUACACCAACAGAUUCAAAGUCAGACAGGAUGACACUGUCAAGGUUGUUAUUCAUCUGACUGAUGGUAUUGAUGCUCCAUAUGAUGAAAUGAAAAGGCGAGUUGAGGAGCUUCGGCUGUCAGGAGUGAACAGUUUCAUUCUGGUUGGGUUGGAGGGGGUACCCAAAUUGGAAGAGGCGUCGCUAUUAGAAUUUGGUCGUGGCUUCAGGUACACAAGACCCUUAAGACUGAAUAUCAUGGACUUGGACUAUGAGCUUCUGGAAGAACUGGACAACAUUGCAGAAAGAGAGAUCUGUGGAGUGCCAUGCAAAUGUACUGGCAACAGAGGAGACAGAGGAGGAGUUGGACAGCCUGGAUCUAAGGGUGGUCCAGGAUUGUCAGGAAGUCAAGGACAUCCUGGAGAUGAAGGUGGACCUGGGGAACGGGGUCCUCCUGGUGUGAAUGGAACCCAGGGUUUCCAAGGAUGUCCUGGCCAGAGAGGUAUCAAGGGGUCUCGUGGAUACUCAGGAGAAAAGGGUGAAGCUGGAGAACUUGGUCUUGAUGGCAUCAAUGGAGAAGAGGGCAAAAGUGGUGUGGCUGGGCCCCCUGGCGAAAGAGGAAACCCUGGCAGAAGAGGUCCCAAAGGUGCCAAAGGACAAACAGGAGACAUAGGACAACAGGGAAUCAGAGGAAACCCUGGAACAACUGGACAAGAUAACAACCAGGCAGGACCCAAAGGAGACCCUGGUGAUGCUGGACCAGCGGGAGAGCCUGGUCAGGAUGGAAGGAGGGGAGGCCCUGGUGAACCUGGAAGAAGGGGACCCAAUGGUAGAAGAGGUUCACUUGGACCAGCUGGAAAUGUUGGAGGCCCUGGAGCGCCUGGUGUGCAGGGAGAGUCUGGUAUUGAUGGACCAAGGGGUCCGCCUGGACCAAAUAGUGCACCAGGAGCAAGAGGAGAAGAUGGAAAUCCUGGACCUAGAGGUCCUGGAGGUACCCCAGGUCCUAGUGGAGAAAAAGGUAGAAGAGGACCUCUUGGUCGCAAGGGAGAGCCAGGAGAACCAGGACCUAAAGGUGAUGUUGGACCACCUGGCCCCUUUGGAGAGCCUGGUGAAGAUGGUAGAGAUGGUUUUGGUGUUCAAGGGCCUAAAGGAAGAAAGGGAGAUGAAGGAUUCCCAGGAUUCCCAGGUCCCAAGGGAGCAGCUGGAGACCCUGGCACCUCGGGUGGACCUGGAUCCAGAGGAAAUCGUGGACAGAGGGGAGUCUCUGGGGAUAUUGGUACACAGGGACAAAAGGGAGAAGUUGGAUAUCCUGGGCCAUAUGGUAUCAAGGGACAAAGAGGACAAGGAGCUGUGCAAUGUGACCUUGUCAGAAAGAUCAGAGACAAUUGUCCUUGCUGCUUUGGUAAGCAGGAAUGCCCACUCUACCCCACUGAGCUGGCUUUUGCCCUCGACAUCUCACAAGGCCUUGGCCGUCCAGUCUUCAACAACAUGCGUGACACAGUCCUAAACAUAGUCAGAAAAAUUACAAUCGCUGAAAGUAACUGUCCAAGAGGAGCUCGUGUUGCUUUGACCCUGUAUAACAACGAAGUCACCACUGAGGUCCGGUUUGCUGAUGCCAUGAAGAAACGUGCCCUGGAGGAACACAUUGAAGGACUUCAGAUCCCACAGACAAGAAAGCCCCGCAGCUUGGAAACAGCCAUGAACUUUGUGGCCCAGAACACUUUCAAGAGGAUACGCAGUGGCUUCCUCAUAAGGAAGGUGGCCAUCUUCUUUGUAGGUGAUCAAGUUGGUCGGCCACAAGCAAUUACUCGUGCAGCCCUCCGCCUUCACAACGCUGGAAUUGCCACUUUGCUGCUGGUCAGACAGGAGGACAGAGCACUCUCCAGAGCGGUGCAGGCCAACAACACAGCACUGGCCCAGGUCAUUGUCCUUCCCAACGCUAAUAGUCCACAGUACAAUUCAGUCAUCCAGAAGGUUAUGAACUGCCAUGUCUGCCUGGAUUUCUGCUCUCCGGACCAAAUCUGUGACUAUGUUCCCCCAACGGCUGGCCGAGAUAGGAGAUCUUUCACCUCAGAUGUCGACAUUGACAUUGCUUUUGUCAUGGACAGCUCUGAGUCUACCUACCCAACUGUCUUUGCCGAGAUUAAACACUAUAUAUCUUACAUGGUAGAGCAUCUUCAUGUGUCUUCAAAUCCCACAUCAUCUGGUAACCACGCCAGAGUGUCUGUGAUUCAGCAAGCACCUUAUGAGUUCCUAAAUAACAAAUCUGGGUCCCCCCUUCAUGUUGACAUUGGCUUGACUGAACACACUUCAGCACAAGAUAUUAUCAAAUUCCUGGUAGAGAAAACACCCCAGCUGGAAGGUGGCCGGGCACUCGCAGAGGCAAUUGAAAGGACGGUGGAUCAAGUGUUUGAGAAGGCACCUGUACAACGUGACAAAAAGGUACUCAUACUGUUUGUGACAGGAAGUGUGGAACAAGACCAGGAGCAGCUGAUACGCAUUGCCACUGAGGUCAAGUGCAGGGGCUACUUCCUCGUCAUCUUUGGUGUAGGUGAAACAUUGAGUGCUAAGGAUGCAAGUGUCUUGUCAAACAUGGCCAGCGAGCCUUCAGAUGUCUUCUUCAAGCAGCUGAAGAGUAGCUCAGACUUUUAUGACAGAAAUAUCCAGACCUUUGGCCAGCUACUGCCCAAGUAUAUCAGUAUUGAAAAUGCUUUCCACAUGUCCCCUGAAGUCUCCAAAAACUGCAAGUGGUUUCAGAAUGACCAGCCACUAAAAAACCCCUUCACACCAUCACAGGAAGUGGAGAAACACCAGAAGCAUCAUGAAAAUCACCAAGCAGUUCAUGAAAGAAAGCACAAGGAUGCAGAGGAGCUGCACGUCUCUAAUGUCACCUCCAGCAGCUUGAAAUUGCGUUGGAGCAGGCCAGAUGCAAAGCUCUUUGUUUACUUUGAGGUUGUUGUGGUGAGGCUCCAUGACCAUGCACUGGUGCUGAAGACCAAUGUGUCGGGUACAGAGCUUGCUGUGGACAACUUGGAAAGUGCUCAAAUGUAUCAGGCUGUAGUCACAGCUUACACAGCCGAGGGCCAAAUUGUCUCUACUCUCAAAGGCGUCAUUACUACAAAAGCAGCUGAGCAUAAGCUUGCCAGCCAAAACACAAGUACUCCAAAUACCACACCCCUGGACAAACCAGAAACUGUUAAUGAAUUGGCAGGCCCAUGCUCGCUUGACUAUGACCCUGGAAUGCCCUGCAAAGACUAUGAGGCUAAGUGGUUCUUUGACAGAAAGAAUGGGUUCUGUGUACAAUUCUGGUAUGGAGGUUGUGGAGGGAAUGGAAAUAGGUUCGACAGUGAGGCCCUCUGCUUGAAAAACUGCGUGAGGUCAGGUAAGUGCAGAGUGGGAGAGCCUCAGCCAAUGGUGAAGCAAGUUGAACAGGUGGAGGUCCUCCCAGAUCCUGCUGCUUUUACAGCUGUGGACAUUUGCCAGCUUCCACAAGAAGAAGGUACUUGUGCCAAAUUUGUUCUCAAGUGGCACUACGAUGCUGCCAACAAGAGCUGCAUGCGCUUCUGGUACGGUGGCUGUGGUGGAAACCAGAAUCGCUUCGACACUUACGAGCAGUGUGUGAAGGCUUGUGGAAAACCAGAACCAGUGAACCAAAGAGUCAUUGCUACAAUAAAAACAUAGGACGAAAGUCACAGACAUGGCCAGCUCUUACCUCUAUUUAGCAGAUUCUGAGGAGAACCAUCCAAAAUGGCCAUAAAGUAAUGGUGGCUGCACUGGAUUCCACAAACAUGGACUUUAUCCCCCAACUCUUGAAGUAGUCUUUCACAACAAGAAGGAAGCAACACAAUUUGCUGCAUGAUUUGUUUUAACCUACUGGUGCUACAUGAUAUGUUUGUUUUACAGGAGUUAUUUAGUGGAUUUGGUUUUGUAAAAUCACGUUCUCUUGAACGAUCACAGUUUUCAUAUUUUUUAAAAUGCAGUUUUAUGAUUAAACAAGAAACAUGUUUGAAUAUCUUGGACAGAGAUUAGCAAUGACUCAGUACAUGAAGGAUUUUAAAGCAGUAAUCUUUUUUUAUAUUGUGGUUAAGUCUUCUUUUUACAUUCCAGAUUCACAUAGCAGCAUUGUUUUUUUUUUAAACUCACUUCAUCCCUGUGGAUUAUUUCACUAUUUCACUGUCACCAAAUCCACAGCAAUGUUUACACGAGUCUAGUGUGGCAGCGUGUGUGUAUGUAAAGACAGCGACCAACUGCUGGGAUGCCAACUUUAAUGUAAUGUUUAGUGCACUUCUGGAUCCGUUGCCUCAAACACAAGAUUUCCAGCUAUUGAGAAACAGAAUGUACUUUUCAAGCUGUUUUUAUUUUUCAUUUCAUUUUGGAUUUGCAGCAAGUUAUGUUCCAUGUGGGAAAGGGUGAAAUAAAAAUGAAUUAGACUUUCUGAUAAA